ACCACCAUCUUCUUAAUCUACAAGGCAGGCAUGGAACCUCCACCGUGCACCAUAUAGAACCACCUCUAUCCAUGCGCAUCCGGCCUUCCAAUUAGGAAGCCAUGCCGCUCUCCUCAUCAUCGCCUUGCUUAGCUCUGCUGGCUCUGCUGCUUGCUCUGACGGGCGUGGCUUCUUCACGUAGCCGUGCCGUCGGCGGCGGGGCGACCACCGAUGGAGCGGCGGUGCCGCAGGGGGACGACGAGCUGCUGAUGAUGGAGAGGUUCCAUGGGUGGAUGGCCGAGCACGGCCGGUCGUACGCGGCCGCUGAGGAGAAGCGGCGGCGGUUCGAGAUAUACCGGCGGAACGUGGAGUUCAUCGAGGCCGCGAACCGGGACGGCAGGCUCACCUACACGCUCGGGGAGAACAAGUUCACGGACCUGACCCACGAGGAGUUCCUGGCCACGUACACCAGCCGUGCGCGGCGGCCGGACCCGACGACGGAGGAGGAGAUGGUGAUCACCACUCGCGCUGGACACGUCAGGGAGGGCGCUUCCCUGCCGGCUGCUGAGGACGAUGUGCCUGAUCGCGUUAACUGGACGGCCCAAGGGAAGGUCACCGGGAUCAAGUAUCAGGGAAAAACGUGUGGGUCUUGCUGGGCUUUUGCUGCGGUGGCAACGAUCGAAAGCGCGUACGCAAUAGCAAAGGAAGUGGAGCCGCCGGUCUUGUCCGAGCAGGAGCUCAUCGACUGCGACGACUACGACUCCGGCUGCCUCGGCGGCUGGCCGGAGCGCGCCUUCAGGUGGCUCAAAAGGCACGGGGGACUCGCCUCAGCCUCCCAGUACCCGCCUUACGACUCGAAGAAGCACGCCUGCCGGAAGGAGAAGCGCCUACCACACGCUGUCAGCCUCAGGGACUACAAGUAUGUCAGCAAGGGGAGCGAGGAGGAGCUCAUGAAGGCCGUCGCCGGGCAGCCAGUCGCUGUCGGGUUCAACUCGGACGACGAGUGCUUCCGCUUCUACAAGUCCGGCGUGUACAACGGCAUGUGCGUCAGGGAUGGAGUUUUCGUCGGCCCGUGCUCCAACGACUGGAUCAACCACGACCUGGCCAUCGUCGGGUAUGUCGGCAAGGGGAAUGACCAGGACAAGUACUGGAUCGCCAAGAACUCCUGGGGCGAGGAUUGGGGACUGAGAGGCUACGUCUGGCUCAAGAAGGAUGUGGCUGACUCCAAAGGCAUCUGCGGCAUUGUUGCGACUAAGCCGAGUUACCCAGUCGUGUCGUCAUAAUUAUAUGUGAAACAGUUCCAUGCGGCCUUCAUAUACAACCACACCAACACACGCACGCACGCGCGCGCGUUUCCACGUCUUUUCGCGUGUAUAUUUGAAUGACUUGUGACUUGCAAUGUGCGGUCGUGUGGUUGCAAUUCAGCACAUAUUUUGUCAUUUGUGUCUCUCACAUUUAAACCGUUGUACGCUGAUUAAACGCUAAUCAAUGCCUAGUUAAUUCUCUGUUA